UUUCCCCUAGUUCGGGUGUUACUGCAGAUUUCAGCUUGACGGUCUCAUCCUUGAAUGAACCAAACAGCUGUCUGGCAACCUGAAGGGAGUCAUCGUGUGCAGGUUCAACUGUACUGCAGUAACUGCAGUGGAUACGACUCCUCCCCGACCUCAACCUUGCAAGAGCAACGUAAAGUACUAUCACAACACUAGGCACCACAACGCCACCUUUCCCUUGUCUAUCCCAAAGAAUUGCACACAGUGAAAAAGAAUCGCACCAUGUCGCCCCAAACUCUCCGCAUCGGCGUCGACGUAGGCGGGACCAACACAGACGGCGUGAUCCUCGACCUCAACCCCUCUUCCCUUCCUCAGGAGGACACGCACACCAAGGGUAACAUUCUAGCCUGGCACAAGACGACAACCACCACCGACCCUGACCCGAGCGCGGGCAUCGCCAGCACCAUCCGGGCUAUGCUCGCCUCAUGCUCCUCCCAGCUUCAAGUCUCCCCGCACGACAUCGCCAGCGUGACCAUCGGCACGACGCACUUUGUCAACGCCGUCGUCGAGCGCGACGCGACCCGCCUGUCGCGCGUCGCUGUGCUGCGCCUGUGCGGGCCCUUCAGCAAGCAUACGCCGCCCUGCGUCGACUGGCCCGACGAUUUGAGGGACAUCGUGCUCGGCUACUACGCGCUGUUGAAGGGAGGGUUGGAGGUGGACGGGCGGCUUAUCGCGCAGGUGGACGAGGACGAGGUACGCCGCGCGUGUGAAGAGAUCAAAGCGAGGGGGAUCAGGAGCGUCGUGGUGAAUGGGGUUUUUAGUCCCAUUGAUGCGGUUGAAUGUCAGGAGGAGCGGGUCAAGAGCAUCGUGGAGCGGGAAGUGCCUGGGGCGGAUGUGGUUUGCUCCAGGGAGGUGGCUAACUUGGGGUUUUUGGAGCGGGAGAAUGCGGCGAUUCUGAAUGCGGCUAUCCUGGCCUUUGCGAGGCGCACGAUCAAGGCCUUUGAGAAGCCCGUAAGAGACCUGGGUAUGACGUGUCCGGUGUUCGUGGCGCAGAAUGAUGGCACGGUUCUGUCGGGCGAGAUGGCCGCUAAACUGCCCAUACGGACGUUUUCGAGCGGUCCAACGAACAGUAUGCGCGGAGCGGCGUUUCUUGUUCAGGGACAGGCUCGAGAACGAAAAGAGGGUAAGGAAGGGGAGGCUAUGAUGGUGGUUGAUAUUGGCGGGACAACGACCGAUGUGGGAUUGUUGCAGCCAAACGGAUUCCCCAGACAGCAAGCUGCUUACAGCGAGCUGGCUGGCGUGAGGAUGAACUUCUCGUGUCCUGAUAUCAAGAGCAUCGGCCUGGGCGGCGGCUCGAUUGUCAGAAAGGGACCUCCAAUGACAAUCGGGCCUGACAGUGUCGGCAACAGACUGACCGAGGAAUCCAUCGUCUUCGGGGGUAGUACUCUAACAGCCACAGAUUGCGCCGUGUGCGCGAACCCAGAUCUCAAAAUCGGCAACCCUGAUCUUGUCAAGGGGAUACUGACAGAAGAUGAGCUGGCACAGUUCAAAGCCCUCGUCAAACAUAAGCUCGAGCGAAUUGGGGAUACUAUGAAGACUUCUCCUGUUGACUUGCCUGUCGUGCUCGUGGGAGGUGGCGCGAUUCUCGCCCCAGAAGAGCUGAAAGGCGCGAGUAAGGUGCUCAAACCGCAGUGGUCUCAGGUUGCCAACGCGAUCGGUGCGGCCAUAGCCCGCGUUAGUGCGGUGGUUGAUACCAUCAGGUCUACUGAGAGACAAACCACGCAGCAACUGCUUGACAAGAUUCGUAGGGAAGCAAUUGAAAAGUGUGUUGCUGCAGGUGCGUCUAGGGACACCGUGGAGGUGGUAGAGAUGGAAACAUUGCCGUUGCAAUACAUCGCGAACAAGACACGCUUCGUCGUUCGGGCAGUAGGUGAUUUUGACUUGUCACGGACAGGUCACACGCCUACUGGUCUUGAAGAGACAUCCGAAGCAGAACCUAAGGCUGAAGGAGAACACGUCCUGGUCACGAGGCCUGAAUCGAGAAAGGAUAUCCCGCAAAGGCAACCUGAAGCACCCGUAGACCCAGCCACCUACCUACCCAACGUUCGCAACAGGGUCUGGUACAUCAGUGAGACUGACCUCAACUGGAUCUCAGCCGGCUGCUACGUGCUCGGCACCGGUGGCGGCGGCUCUCCAUACCCGCACAUGCUCCUCCUCCGGCAGCUGCUUCGCUCUGGCGCAGUGGUGCGCGUCGUCAGCCCGCAGGACGUGCCCGACGACGGCGCAGUAGGAUGCGGCGGCGGCGCCGGCAGCCCAACCGUCGCCAUCGAAAAGCUACAGGGCGACGAGAUGAUGGAGGCCCAAACGGAGCUGUACAAGAUCUGUCCGAACCGCCCAACCCAUAUCAUCGCCCUCGAGGUCGGGGGCGGCAACGGGUUGCAGGGUAUGACGCUCGGCUCGAGCACCAACAUGGACAUCCCCUGCGUCGACGGCGACUGGAUGGGCCGCGCCUAUCCGACCAAGUGGCAGACCACGCCCGUCGUGUUCAACGAGCGCCAGCCGAUUUGGUCGCCGAUCUGCAUUGCCGAUGGGAACGGGAACGUCGUGGUUAUGCCCAAGGCGUCGGACGAUCAUCAGGUGGAGCGCAUCAUGCGCGCUGCCCUGAGUGAGAUGGGCUCGCAGGUAGCGGCCGCGGAUCCACCCGUAACGGGCGCGGAGAUGAAGCGGUGGAUUGUUGACAAUACCCUCUCGCAAGCGUGGCGGAUUGGGAGGGCUGUGGAGAGAGCGAGGCAGAAGAACCGUUUGGACACCGUGGCGGAAACCAUCAUUGAAGAGUGUGGCGGACCGGCAGCUGGGAAGGUGCUCUUCAAGGGCAAGAUCGUCGGGGUCGAGCGGACACUGAGGAAGGGUCAUGUCUAUGGGGAGUGCAUCAUUGAAGGCGGCGAUGUGGCUGAUCCGGAUCACAGCGCGAGGACUGAAAGGGGUACCACCGCUAGCCAGUCCAGAGGUCGGAUCAAGAUCCCGUUCAAAAAUGAGAACAUUGCGGCCAUCAGGGUUCCAGAGGACGUACAGGAGGGAGAGCUGGAAAAGCAGCAAGAUGUCUUGGCAAUUGUCCCCGACCUGAUUUGUGUCGUCGAUGCGCAGAACGGCGAGGCUGUGGGGACUCCGGAAUACAGAUAUGGGCUGCUAGUCGUUGUCAUCGGUCUGACGGCAUCCGACAAAUGGACUGGCUCGGAGAGGGGCCUGGAGUUAGGAGGACCGAAGGCGUUUGAUAUGGGGCACCUGGAAUACACGCCAUUGGGGAGGUUUGUGAAGCCCGCCAGUGUCAUUGACGAGUUUGACUCGGCAUCAUGA